UAUAGCCCGAAUGUCGUGUUCUCCUAUAGUUAAACCGAUAAAAGAGACAUUUUUGACAGUUCACCCCUAAUGUUUCAACCGACAUAGAUCGCAUUUAUUUGUAUUAUGGACUUCGUCACAUUCGAGAAACGAUACUUGAGAGUUACUAAACGGUUCGGCCAAUGGGCAGGGAUAUGGCCUGAUCAAAAUAAAUGUGUAAAGUGCAUAGCGUGGUUCCUCCUUUAUCUCGAAAUGGUGUCAAUUACAAUUGUUCAGAUAACAAAAAUCGUGUACGAAAAGACUGUAAGCGCUUUCUUAGACGAUGUGCCCCUACUAGGCGCAAGUUUUAUAUUUUUCACUAAACAUGGAAAUUAUGUUCUCAAUGCAGCAGAGUUCAAGUGGCUCUUAAAGGGCAUGUAUCAGGACUGGACUGAUAAUCGAUCAGACCACGAAAUCGCCAUUAUGACGAAAUAUGUGAAAAGGGGUGCUUUGCUUACGAUGUUUUAUUUAGCGAACGCAGUUGUCUGCACUAUCCUGUUCCUGCAAGUACCAUGGACAGUGCGUCUCAUAGCAAAGCUGAAAUCUUAUAACACGACGCCGAUGAUAUAUAUUGUACCGACCUACUAUUUUGUCGACGAAGCCGACAUUUUUUACGUUGCUCAAUUGCAUGGCAGCCUGGCUAUAAUAUCUGUGCUCAUUGUGUACGGAGCUUGCGACACGAUUUUCACGAUCAUCGUACAACACGCUUGCGCAUUAUUGGCUGUAGCUGGAUAUCGGUUCAAACACAUCGAGCCCUCUUCAUCCAACGCUGCUAAAAACUCGGAGAAACAGAUGACACGUAUUGAAAGAGUACACUUUUCCAUACAAGCACAACAGCGAGCUAUAAAGUAUGUCGAGGAAAUAGAAAAUACACAUGCUACAUAUCUUUUCUUAUGCAUAGGCCUAGUGGUUUGCUGCUUUAGUGUUACAUUAGUACAGGUGGUCACUAUGGACGUUAACGUGGAGUUUUACAAAGUAUGCAGCUUUUUGAUCGCGCAGUUAAUGCAUCUAUUUUACCUAACGAUUCAAGGCCAGUUCGUGGAAAAUGGUUGUGACAAUCUUUACAAUAGCAUCUACAAAGGAUUGUGGUACAACGCAAACGCGAAAACACAAUUACUGUAUGUUUUAGCGUUACGGAGAAUGUUAAAACCAAUUCGUUUGACAGCCGGUGGAUUGCUAAAUAUGAAUAUGCAAAGCUUUUCGGAAGUAAAAUGUGAUACUGUCUGUACGAAGUGGAUUGUGUUUUCCUAUAUUUAAUAGAGAUUACUGUUUACAGGUGAUAAAGGCAUCUGUUUCAUAUUAUACAGUACUGAGAUAAAUGUGUAAAAUAAAAUGAUCGAAAUUCUGAUGCUCCAUAAGUCAGAAUGAUGAUACAUUUACAUUAUCGUUGAAGGACAGGCCAAUGAAACGCUUUUCAUAGUGUUUAAAUUAACAACAAAUUAAUGUUCGUAAACAAUUACAAAGGUAAUUCUUCUAGCCUACAGAAAUUUUUAAAUGGUAGCAAACAUGUGCGUAAUUAUUGUUAUCGUGCUUUACACACAUUAUUCGGUAUUUAUGAAUUUCGUUGUAAUUACAUACCUAGAGCAAUACGGAUUGUGAGAAUAUAUUGUCUUAAAUAUGUUAUCAGCACUUUUUCAUCAAUAAAUAUAUA